AAUGUGACACCAUAUCAUCAUCCAACCUUCCAAGAUUCCAUCAAACUUACAUCUCCAAGAUUAAUUAUUAGCUCAAGAACAAAAUAGAAGCUUCCUCCGCUAGUGGGGACCAUCUUGCUGGUGGACUGCCACGUGUAUACCCCCACUUGACCGUUUACCUGUCACUGUCAACCAGCCAGAAUAAGUGUACCAUUUCCUUUCUUUUUCCCCCUUCUAUGAAACCACCAUACUUGAACCUGGCUAACCUGGUGUCUACGGCACUGUAUAUAAACUUUUUUUUUAGGGUUUUUACUUUUUGAAUGUGCGAAACGAUGUCUUCGUCCACAGAGACGAGCAACGGAGAUCAAGCGGUGGUUGAGCUGAUUGUGUGUGACGCAUCACCAUCAUCAGUUGAUGCUGAGGUUACAGCCUCCGAGGAAAUUACUCCUCUCUUAAUUCAAUCUGAGAAACCCAAGAUCAACAUUUUCUCAGUCUCUUAUUCUCGAAGAAAGCCUCGGCAGGAACAAGUGAUAGAAACGGAGACAUUACCACUAACUCGUUUCUUGUUGUGGGUGUGGAAUGGAUCUAGAUACUCAGGAUUAAUAUGUAUGGCCGUAUCAUCAACUAUCUACUUUUUCAUGGAAUUGAUUUCUGAUAUUUUUACUGUUCAGUCUAUUCCCUUGUUUGAGACUGCAUUUACAAGAUGCACAAUAAUAAUGAUAUUAUCAUAUUUAUGGUUAAGAAGAAGUGGACAGCCAAUAUUUGGGCCAACAAAUGCUAGGAAUCUUUUGAUUUCAAGAGCCCUCACAGGAUAUCUCUCGUUGUUCAGUUUUGUCUUUUGCAUUCAGAGUUUACCUUUGUCUCAGGCUGUUGUAUUAAACUUCACUACUCCAGUUAUGGCUUCAAUUAUGGCAAGAAUUGUUUUGCGUGAGAACUUAAAAAUUUCUGACAUUGGAGGUCUUGCGUGCAGUUUCUUCGGUGUGCUCUUCAUUUUUCAACAUAUGUUUACUACACAAGGAGAGUUAGUUAAAAAUGGGAAAGCAAGUAAUUCGAAUGUUAGGGAAAGCCACCAUAUAUAUGCCAUCUUGGUUGGAUUAAUUUCAUCAAUAACUGGUGGAAUCAACUUCUGCCUUAUAAAAGCUGGAGCAAAGGCGUCUGAUCAACCUGUGGUCACUCUAUUCUCAUUUGGCGUACUUGCCAGCCCUGCUGCUGCGAUAUGUGCAUUUGUCUUUGAGAAACUUGUGCUGCCAAGUCUUUAUUCUAUUCUCCUGAUGCUAGUACUUGGUGUUCUGGCUUUCUUGGCAGAGGUAUUUUUAGCCCGGGGACUUCUGCUAGAGAAAACCAGCAAAGUUGUAAAUGUCCAAUACAUAGAGGUUGCCCUUACACAGUUAUGGGGCAUUGGAUCGUUUAAGAUAGCGCCAUUGUUUGGGCGACUCCUGGGGUGUUUUCUUAUUUCUCUUUCUGUGUGUUAUACCAUGUUUAUUGGUCCCGAUAAAGAGAUGAAUGACAUGGCUUAGUUUUUCGGUGUUGGAAGACAUGUAUCAUCCUAUUCCUUCUCGUAAUCAACUUGCCAUUUUUUCCCAAUUUUUAAAUUUUAUAGAAUAUCUUGUGCAUUUUUCACCUCCUUGUUAGCUGACUUCUUAAUCUAUACCACAUUACAUGAUUUGAUUUCAACUUAAA